UGUCCCUGACAGUUUUACAAAGUCAAGAUUUAAGCCGUGUGGUUAUUUGAGAGAAUCGCCAUGUGGGGUUAAGGGAAAUGCUGCGGAAUAAAACGUGUUGAUAUCGCCGUAGUGUUUUCUAGAAACGCGUUUUUUUUAACUCAUUGUUUAUAUCUGGCAAGCUAGUUUAGUUAGCUUGCUAGCCAGCUGGGAAGCUUUGACAGCUCAGGUGUUGGCUCACCGGCCAACAAAAUCACCGUAGGAGCAAAAUUAACAGCUCCAGAUGCGUCUAAAAGACCCCUUCUCCUUGAAAGCCGCCGACAUGACCAAGCGGACUAACAAACCGAAGAAACCUCGAGAUGAGGAGUCAUCGGAUGAAGUCAGUGGAUUGACAUGCCAGCAUGUGAGUAAAGCAGUGGACCUGAGCUCCGUGAAGAAAUCUGUGAGCUCCAACAUAUGGUCGGUGUGCUCUGACUGUUUAAGGGAGAGGACCUUGAUGGAUGGAGAGCCAAUAGUGCCCCAUGACAUCCUUGUAUGCCUCAAGUGUGGCUUCCAGGGCUGUAACCAGUCAGAGACCCAGCACUCAGUCAAGCAUCACCAAGCUCUCCAUUCAGAAUCCCACUGCAUCACUAUCAGCCUGAGCACAUGGAGGGCCUGGUGCUUUGAGUGUAAUGAGGAGCUUUCCACCCACUGUAACAAGAAGGCUUUGGCCCAGACUUUGGACUUUCUACAAAAGCACUCUGUCAAGGCAUCAGGAACAUCUCCCAAGAUUAUCAGUUUGCGAGAGGAGCAAUUCGACUACGCUGACGGUCCCAGGGGUAAGACUCCGGUCAUCAACAGCACUUUGGUUCCUGUCAAAGGCAUCAACAACCUGGGUAACACCUGCUUCUUUAACGCCGUCAUGCAGAAUUUGUCCCAGACUCACAUGCUAAUCGACCUCAUCCAGGAAGUGAAGGAGAAGGGACACAAACUGAGGAUCUGCCCCCCUGGAGAGACCCACCUGAGUCCACUGACGGUGACCCUUGCCAGCCCAGAGCCCCUGACCUCAGCCAUGUUCCUCUUCCUCCACAGUAUGAAGGAGCAAGGGAAAGGUCCUGUCAAUCCCAAGGUUCUCUUCAACCAGCUCUGCCAGAAGGCUCCUCGCUUCAAGGGCUACCAGCAACAGGACAGCCAAGAGCUCUUGCACUACUUACUUGACUCCAUACGAGUAGAGGAAACUAAAAGGGUCAAAGCCAGCAUUUUGAAAGCUUUCAACAAUCCUACAGAGAAGACGGCAGACGAGGAGACGAAACGCCAAGUCAAAGCAUACGGCAAGGAAGGUGUGAAGAUGAACAUUGUUGACCACAUUUUUGUUGGGGAGCUGACCAACACAAUUAUGUGUGAAGAAUGUCAGCAUAUUUCCACAGUAAAAGAGGCCUUCAUAGACAUCUCUUUACCCAUCAUAGAGGAGAGGAUAUCCAAACCAUCCAACCCUGCGAGGUUGGGGAAAGGCAUCCGGGAGCAGGAAGCCCAAGUGGCUCACAGUGACCAUGUUCUUGCGACAACACACCCAUUCAAUAGAAACACCAGGAAGUUGAGUGGACAGAAGCAACAGGGAAGGAGGUCUGUAGAGGAGAAAGGAGUAGGUUGCAGUGCAGAGCAGCCAGAAGAGGAGGCAGCAGUUGUUGGAGCAGCGCGGGGCAUCACAGCCUGCAGGCUGGCAGCUGCAGGCAGCCUGUCGGACUGCAGCGACAAAGACAGCGGCCCUCAGGACAGCAGCAAUGAUGCUGACAGUGAGGCCUCUGAGACCGAGUGGGCGCCCCGCCCAUACUCCAGCCAGAGCAGCCACGGCAGAGUAACUGCCCCGACAUCCACCUCUACCUCAGCUAUUGCCCCUUCUGCUGCGCAAAUUCCAGCCCUUGCUCUUGCCCCAUCACUUUCCCCGUCCCCCAGGCAGGGCAGUGCUGUAGAGCAGUUGGUCAGUGCAGUCUCAAAGAUGAACUUGGGCCCUGCUCUGGGAGAACUCCCUCCUUCAGUGCACUGUUCUAGUGAGGAGCGGGGAGAAGUGCAACCUCAGCAGUGCUGCGACAAUUUCCUCCCCCACCACCAACAACCCCUCCACCAGGGGGCCUUCCAGGCACUGUCCCACAGUUACACACCCUCCUCCAAGGAGUGCUCCAUCCAGUCCUGCCUCCACCAAUUCACCUCCGUGGAGCUAUUGAUGGGCAACAACAAGCUGCUGUGUGAGAACUGCACCGAACGGAGACAGAAGCAGCUGUCCAAGACUAGCUCGGCCGACAAAAGGGCAGAGAAGGUGUACACCAGUGCAAGGAAACAAAUGCUGAUCUCCUCGCUCCCUCCUGUCGUAACGCUGCACCUAAAACGCUUCCACCAGGCAGGGAUGAACCUGCGUAAGGUAAACCGCCAUGUUGACUUCCCAUUAAUCUUGGAUUUGGCUCCGUUUUGCUCUGCAACCUGCAAGAACCUGGCAGCUGGGGAGCGUGUCCUGUACAGUCUCUAUGGGAUUGUUGAACACAGUGGUUCAAUGCGCGGGGGCCACUACACUGCAUAUGUCAAAGUUCGCUCUCCCCAGAGGAAAACGGAACAGUACCGCAAGAACCUGUCAGGGUCAAAGGAAGGCAGCAGCAGCAUCUCCCAGGGCCAGUGGGUGUAUGUCAGUGACACUACUGUUCAGUCUGUACCAGAGUCCAGGGUCCUCAACUCUCAGGCCUACCUGCUGUUCUAUGAGGAAAUGCUGUAAUGCAGCUGGGGAAAUCACCCCCCCCCCAGUUUGUCUUUUCUUGCCUGGCUUUGGUAGAGCCCGUACUAGACUACAUUGUACUGUAUCUCUGAUUGAGGUGAUGUGAGGAGGGGAGAAAGACAUCUUGUACUCCAUCACUUUUUUUUCUUUUUCUUUUUUUGCCUUUUUUUCUUUUUUAAUGCAGCAGUUAUUCCUAAGGAAGCGAGUGGCUAAAUAUCCCUGUAUGAUGUCAUUUGCAGAUAUUUUGGUUUUUGAAAUUGGCUCUUUACAUCUGAAUAUCUUUGACAAAACAAGACAAUUUUUAACUGUUUAGUGAUUGUACUUUGCUUCAUUGUAGUGAAGGGUUCCGGUUGUAACCUGAAAUGUUUCAAAAUGUCUUCAUUUUCCAUUUGAAAAAUAAAGGAGAGCGCAAUGAAUCAGCCCCCCCCCCUCCCGAUCUUCUGGUGACAAGUCAGAAGAAGAGUGAGAGUGACUUAACCUUGAUAGAGAGAAAUGAUUGGAACUUAACUUAAAUACUUGCAAUUUCCCCGGGCUUUAGAUGUAUGCUGCAUGAAAGGGUUUUGUAGCCUACAGGAACUAAGUAGACAUCGUGCACGCUGUACUCAUCACUGAUUGGUUGAUAAUAGCUUUUCCUGCCAUGUCUCUAUUUGCUGAAAGUCUUUACCUAUUUAUUUUUUCUUAGAGCUGUAAGUAUGAUUUUGUACGUGGCAGAGGGUUUGCUUUAGAAAGCAGCACCACCUAGGAGAAAUCUAUUUAAAGUUAUUUGCAGCCAACCACGAUAGAAGGAGUUGUUCUUAAUGUAUAUCAGGAUGUAUGAAUGUAUGACGAUCACUGAAGCAUGGUUUCCAAAGACGGGUUUUGGCGUGCAAAUCAUAACAGGAAAACACGGGCUAAACCGAAGGGAUGUAUUCCAUGUUGAAUUUCUCUAACGUUUGUGCUGUCAAGGUUGUCAGCAUGGCUCUUGUGUGUGUGUGUUUUUUUUUACGCCAAAAAAGUGCUAAAUUCUUAUCAAACCAACAAAGCACUUUGUCAGCCUAUGCUGUGUUUGAGUUCUAUCAUACCACCUAGGCACACACAGAAACCUCUUUAAGAUGUUCCACAAAGAGCCAGUAAGUAUGACUCACUUUGUUAUGUGAAGUUCAGGUUGUAAACAUGUUUUCUCCUGAUCUUACCCACCAUUAACCCUGCAAAGCCAGCCAGCCCACAGCUUUCACUUCACUCGUUGUAGUGAACUGAGCUGAGCUUAUGAGAUUUAGGCUGGCUUCGUGAGGCUAACCUACCAUGAAGAUUUACCAGAGAAAUAAAACAAGAAUAUUAAAAAAAUAAAAAAUGCAAGUAAUUUGAGUUUCUAGCCCUGACCGGAAAACACUUCAUCUGUGCAUUGCAUGGGCUGAUGGUAUAGCGAGCAUAUGUAUUUGCUUACUCCUGAAUUGUCUUACUAGUUGUUUAUACUGUUUAUGUGAUGGUUUAUUAGAUGGAAGCAUUUUACAUUUUUGGUCAUUGGACAGUUGCCAAAAGUGUUGAGAUGGAGAGGAAAGGUUUACAGUAUACGUUAGGACAUAGAGGUUUGAUAUAGUACAUAUUUUGAAACAAGCAAAUAUUCAGUGCCUAUGAUUCAGGUUGAAUAAGCCUGUGCAUGGUGAGGGGAAGACCACACGGGUGGAAAUGCAAAGGGGAAAGUGGCUGGCAUAUAGGUAUACACAGAAUAGGCUACUAUAUGCAAAAAUAAAGGUAUGCUCUAAUCAGAUGGAUGUAUGGUGCCUCAGGCUUGCAGGGAUUUUCUUCCAAGCUGAUAUAUUUUUGUUUUCAGAAAAUAUUUGUUUUCAGUUAUGAACUGUAACACGAUUUCGGAUGUGUAUACCACAUACAUUGAAAACUGAAUAAAUGUAAUUUAUGAACUGAG